AUGCGACGUAAUCAGUCAGCUCUAGGUAUCGGUGCCAUUGCUGCAGCAGAGCAUGCGGUUGCUAUGGGUGGUGGAGGGGAGAGAGGCAUGGGAGGAGGGGCCGAGAUGGGAGGGAGGGGCUAUGGGGGUGAGAGCGAGGUGCAUGGGUGGAGGCCAGGGGGGCAGAUGCAAGCUGUAGCGGCAAGGCCGAUGCUGCGGGUGGAAAUCGAAGUGCACUCGCCCCAUUCUCAUGGGCAUGGGCAUGGGCACGGAGAUGGUGGAGUGGGAGGAGGCGAGGUGGAAGACAGUGCGCCCAAUGAGAUGGAGACGACAAUAUCGGUGGCAGUGGAGCCAGUGCAGGCGGUGGUGGGUGUGGAGGUGUUGAAGCGCGUGGGCAUGUUCUUCAGCCAUCCCACGACCGUGCCCACCCACCAAGAACAGGUGAUUGCGUCCAUCAACUCGUUGGACUCAACUACUGCUCGAGCCACUGCCAAGUCUGGCCUGGUGCUAGCCACGCGCAAGGUGCUGCAUCUGCAUGUGGACGUGGCAAGCGUCACGAUCGUUGUUCCACACGCUGACACGUACCUCUCUGCCCGCCCCUGCCCCCUGCUGGUGCUACAGCUGGCGUCACUGCACAUCUCGUCCAUCCCUGAACCCCCUGAGCGGUCUCUCCUUGCACAAGCCCUCGCCUCCUCAGGCAACCUGCGAUCGGCACUCUCCGUCCUGGGGGAGAGGGGCCUGACAGGGGGGAGAGAUGCUGGCGUGAGAAGGGUAGAAAGUCAGGGACCGGCAGUGGGAGGAGUUGAAGUGGAGGGAGAUGGAAGAAUGGACAUGGAGGGAGAGAGGAAGGGAGGAGUGGGCGAUGGCGGUAUGGAAGGAGGCACAGGCAGUGGUAUAGAUGUUGGGCAUGCGGAUGGACGGAUGGGAGGGGGGAGAACGGGAGGCGUUGGGAAGAGAGGCAUGGCGGAGUGGGUUCAGAAGAUGGUGCUAUUUGACAGUGUCGCAGUUAGAGCCGCUGCUGUCAAGGUAUUUCUCGUUCCACCGCCCCCUCGCACUGCACUACCCACGCCACCAGCCCCACCAGUCCCCCACUCCUUCUGGCCUGGCCUGCCCCCAGGUGCACUGGGGGCACCAGGGAACAUGUGGAUGGGCGGUGGUGGUGGCAGCAGCAUGGCAGGAGCGGGCAGUGCAGGGGAGGGUGGCAGUGAGAGUGGCAGGGAGCUGCCUCUUGUGGAGGAGUUUUCUGUCCACCUGCACCUGCUGCUCUGCGCUCUCUCAGGCGACCCUGCCACCACCAAAGCUGUUGUGCAAGGCAGCAUUCCGCACAUCUCCAUCAUCCUCUCCCUCACCAACCUCCGCCUCCUCCUCUCCAUCCUCUCCUCCCUCACGCCACCCCCAUCCUCCCUGCCUCCUAAACCAGCACACCAGCCAUCCUCCUCCGCUAUCCUCUUCCCUCCCACCGCCUCAUCCUCCCAAACCCCUCCCCACGCUGCCCCCACCAGCAGCAACAACCCUCUGCCUGCCUCAGGGCCCAUAGCUGUCCCACAUCGCGUGGGCCAGCUGCAAGGAGGAAUGGGGGGUCAAGGUGCAAGGAGGGGGACUGCAGGCGAGGCAGGAAAUGGGGGCGGUGUAAGGAGUGGCAGUGGGGGGCUGACAUCCACACCGUCCUGGUCCGAGAUGCUUCACACCAUUCUGCAGCGCGACGCUGCCAAGGUGCCACAGCAGCUGCUGGCCUCACCCGAUCUAGACAACACUGGGCUCCCUCUGCUGCUACUGGAACAGCAGCAGCAGCAGCAUGAGGCUGGCGGGGACGGAAGCGGGGCUGUGAAUGAGGGUGGCAGCAGCAGCAGAGAUGGGAAAGCAGAAUUAGGAACAGGAGGGAUAAGUCGGGUGCAGUCACGGCGGGUGGCAGUGGCGAGUGGCAUGGACGUACUAACAGGCACGCCAAUUUCAGAUGUAGGAGUGGCUGUAGGGAAAAUCACAGUGCGCCUGGACAUGAGUGCCUCUUCGACAGAGCCUCUUGGUUCCAGCAGCAAGCGCAGCAGGGCUGGGCAAAGCAGGGGGUCCGCAAACGGGGAAGCAUCAGGAGCCCACGUGAUCACUCUUGAGGCUACUGGACUGGACGUCCGCCUGGUCCAAAGACUACUGGAGGAGCACAUCUAUGCCACUCUGCACCGCCUCCAACUCACCGAUUCCUCGCGACCCCCCUCCUGCCCCACCCACCACAUCAUUCAAACGCACCUUCCCUCCUCGCCCAACCCAGCCAGUUCCCCUACCGUAACCACAUCACACCCUCCCACACCUGCCUCUCUAACCCACUCCAUCCUCUCCUCCCCCUCUCUCUCCUUCCAGCCUAACCCAUCAGCACAACUCUGGCUCUCCCCACAAAUUCUCUCAGGUUUCUCCACCCAAACAGACCCCUCGGCUCCCCAUAUGCUCGUCCCCCGCGUCCUCUCCGCCCCCUCACUCCCCGCUUGCCUCUCCUUCUCUUCGCUGCCCAUGCCUGCCAUACCAACUGCUGGCCAGGCAGCGGCUCCCAUGGGAGCAGCACUGAGUGGUGGAGCACUGAGUGGUGGAGCACUGAGUGGUGGCCAAUCCUCAGCAGGAAAUUCCGCCAGCACUUCUCAUUGGCUGGGAGGAGAGAAUGUACGCUUGGCAGGCGUAUCUGCCCCAGCCACAUCAGGAGCAGCAGUGGGAGGAGAUGGGGCAGGAGCAGGGGAGUGUGUGUUGCGUGUGGAAUUGUGUCUUAAAUCAAGGUCGCUGACCGCCCCAUCUCGCGACUCCACUUCCCUCUCCUUCCACCUCUCCUCCCUCCACCUCACUGCCUUCCAACCCACGCUCCUCGCCCUACUAGCCUUCUCCUCCUCCCUCUCCACCCCCACUCCCCCCUCUCCCUUCUCCGCCCUGCCAGGCAGCGGAGGAAGCAAGAGACACCACUCCCAGGGCAGGGAGGGGGGAAGUGGGCUCAUGGGAACACACCCCUCUGCAGACCUCUCACUCUUUGAGAGCCCCUCUAGCUCCUUCUCCUCCGCUGCCUCCUCACCCUUCAACUCUCCCCCACCCACUACUGACGCCCUGCUGUCGCCGGCAGUACUGGCCACUGGUGCGCUGGGCGUGAGUCCGCAGAGGUCCAGGGGGCGGGUUGGAGUGGGACGGCAGGGGAUGGAGAGACAGAGUGCACGGGUUGUGUUUGAGAAGGUGUCUGGAGAUGAUGUCACUGACGCUGCUGCUGGUUCUGGGGGUGUUGCCUCGCACGAUGGUGGCACUGUCACUCAAACAAGUUCCUCUCUGCGUCCUGCUCCCACCCGCGGCCCAUCCACUCACGUCGUUCUGCCUUCUUCUGAAAACUCAGGUGCAGGCGGCACAGAACUGAUUCUGGACGGCAGAGUAACUGGAUUGGUGGUUCGGCUGAUGGAGGAGGGGGGCGAGGCAACACUAGAAGGACUGAAAGGAGGGGUAGAGAGGAUCCAUGAGAUAACAGGAAGGAAGGAAGGGGAGGGUGAGGGGUAUGUGGUGGAAGUGGCAACUGCUUCUCUGAGUGAGGCACUGGUGCAGGCAGAUGUGAAGCACGUGAUGGGCCAAUCACUGCCAGCCACAUGGGCAUCCUGUGGGCGCAUCAGUGGGUUUGAGGUAUGGGGCCCUGUGGGUAGCGGGGGGCGCUAUGUUCCUCAUCUCCCUGCAGAUUCGGCUUCUACUUCCCCACCAAGCACUCUACAACUGCAGCAAGGGCAGCAGCAACAACAACAGCAGCAGCAGCAGCAACAGCAACAGCAGCAGCAGCAGAAGCAGGUGAUAGUGGGCAGUGUGUGGGCACCAAGAGCACAGCCCGGCACCAUAACCUUUGCAGCCCAUGGCGCUCACACAGGUGCAUCAGGGGAGGGUGUGCCUGGGGCAGGCGCCACACUGCAUGUGGAUGUGGCUGUUUCCCGCCUGCUGCUCGUGGUCUCACAGCCAUUCACACAUGGGCUUGUGGGGCACGUCACGCGCUACCUCCCUGCUCCCUCCGUGACUGCUCCUUUAACCCAUGCUGUUGUUGGGGGAAGUGGGGAGCCUGCCUCAGUGUCGCCCCUUGCACAGCACGGUCGAGAGAGGGGGCAGCAGGAGCAGCAGUCACAGCACGCAAGUUUCACUACUGCCACUAGCCCCUCACCCUCUCCCCACAUCACACUCCCUGUACGCACCCCUCUCUUUAUGUCCGUCUCUUCUGAUUCCCCGUCUCCAUCCAGCCACCACACAGGAAAGCCCAGAGCAGCCCGCACUGCCAUUGCUUCCCCUGCCACCACCCGCCUCUCCCGCUCACCCUUGAGAGGGGGCAUUGCUGUUCGGGGAGGUGGGGGUGCGAAGCAGCUGAGAGGCGGAGGGUCAGGGGGAUGGGCGGGUGGGGGCGGCAGCAGCAGCAAAACAAGCCCUUUGGGGGUGAAAGGCAAGGGGAAGCGGGAGAGGGGGGAAGGGGAGAGUGUGGGCGGGCUGGGGAGUGGGUCGGGGGAGGGCGACAGCUGGUCAGGGGCGCAGUUUUUCAGCCCUGUGGGGGAUAGCCCCCUGAGAUGGGAAAUGGUGGAAGAGGGAGGUGAGGCGGAGGGAGAAGGGGAGGAGUGGGAGCAAGGGCAAGGGAGAAUGAGAGUGGAGGGGGCUGUGAGGGUAGAGGGGUGUGAGAUCGCUGUCAUUCCCUUAGGGCAUCCACAGAGCUUGCUGCAGCCAUCCGCAUCCAAUCAGCUUCAGCCACGUGGAUCCAAUGGGAUCAAACCAGCAACGACAUUAGGAGAGGGGCUGGGCCAUCCGUGCCUGAUCAUUGAGCUGCCUCUCAUCACUGCCAACCUCCCACGCCACGUGGCAUGCUGGGAUUGGUCCUCAUCUGGCACAAUCACAUGGCUGGAUGGGAGAGAGCAGCAUGAAAUCAGUAACGUGGGCGGGAGACGAGGCAGCGAGGAGGGUGAGACAGGAAGAGGGAGCACAGUGGUCGGAGAAGGGAACAGUGGGAACAGAGACGAUGCGGAAUGGGAGGCGGUGGAGGUGAGGGUGGAGGGAUUCAAAGUUAGCAUGGCCACAGGCAAGCUGCUGCCGCUCUGCGAGGUGGUAUCUGGUGGAGGCGCAAGUGGUGCAGGGGAGGAAAAGGAGGAGGUGGUGGGGAGGGUGGGGGAGAGAAUUCCUGUGGUGCAGCGAGUGGACGUUCUGCUGCACGUGGCAUUGCCACAGGCUGCUGGGGGCAGCAGCCAGCCCGGUUCUGCACUGCAGGGCGCAGCACAAGGAGUGGGCGUGGGAUCUGAGGCAGCAUCAGGGAUGGUGGAGUCAGGAGGGGAGGCAGCAGCGAUGGGCAGCCCGCAUGAGUGGAUGCGAGUUAUGGUUCAAGUGCUCACGGUCCAACUGCUCCUCAUGGAGAAUUCCCCUGUAAGGGAGGCGGACCUUCUCUCAGGCUCCAUCGCUGCCCUGCUCGCCCUCAUCCCGCCCCAGCCCCCCCCCCAGCAGCCCUCCCCUCCCAUCGCCCUGAGAUUCCACCUGCACCACCUGCACCUGCACAUCACACGAGGCACAACCUCCCUCCCAUCCUCCCCUUCCUCCUCCGCUCAUGGCACAACCCCCUCGUUCCUUCUUCCCCCUGGCCCUCUCGUCGCCCUCCUCUCCAUCGAUCAUCUGCGCUGCGCUGCAGCGCUGCAACCAUCUGGCCAAUCCGUGAAGGCCACGUGGCAGAGUAUUGCCCUUUGGAGCUUACAGGCAGAGAUGGCAAGCACUUCCCAACAGCGUGGUAGUGCUGCUGCAGUCUCAGCCAGCGGCCAGGCAAGGCCGCCACCUGCCUUUUCACAGGAAGGAAUGGCAGCAGAUGCACAAGCAGCAGGGGAAGCAGCAAUUGGAGGACCAUCACCAGAAGGGGCGAGGGCAGGAGGAUUUUUUGCAGGAGAGAUUUCAGCGGCAGUGCUGGAGUUUCUGCAAGUGGCUGUGCCUCUCUUUGUGAUCGAGCGUGAGAGGGGCUGUUCUGUGACUCGUGACGCUGCUCAUACCCGCCUGUCUCCGUACCUCGCCAUCUCCCUCUCCUCCACCUCAACCCCACCCUCACCCCAUUCCCUUCGCACCACCGCUGCUGCACCCCUCUCCCUCGCCUGUACUCCUCCCCCCUUACAGUCCCCACAUCCCCUUUCUCAACCUCUGGCAAGCCUCUCGCUGCUAUCCCAAGAACCGCCUUCCACCCCAGUGAACAUAGCAGUCCCAGCAGCACCACCACCAGCACAAACACGUGGUGACCCCCAUUACAACAUCCAGGCUAUACAUGCAACUGUUCAGCUCCCUUUCCCCACCCUCUGGGCCUUCCUCCCUGCCUGGUCUCGCCUCGCCUCCCUGCUUGUCGCUAAGGCACCUAAAGGAGGCGACACAGGAGGUGCAGAGGUGGCAGGGGGUCAGCGUGCAAGAGGCAGCAAUGGAUCGGGCGUAAGGGAGGCGCAGGGGAUUGGGAGGAGAGGGGCUGAGGGGCUGACGGUGAUGAUGGGCGUGAGGCUGGGUGAGGCUGGUGGUAGUGUAGGGCAUGGUGAUAUGGAGGGGCUGUUCUGUGCGUCUCUUGAGGAGGGGGUGACUGGGGGAGCAGAGGAGGAAGCAAUUGGCGUCUUGGUUGGUGAAAUCGGCACAGGCAGUGAUGGUGGUAAUGCAGCAGCAGUAGCUGUGGCAGCAGAAGCAGCAGCACAUGUGCAUGUGAAGGUGCAUGCAGGAGUGAAGGUGGAUGGGCUCACUCUUGUGCUUCCCAGUCAUAGCACCUCCCAGCGCUCCUCCCAGGGUGCCUCGCAGCACACCUCCACUCCCUCUGCUCCUAACACCUGCACACAGCAGGCAGCACAGCAUCAGCACAGCCCAUGUAUACUCCCAGGGGAGUGGGCGAGCAACACGGAGGGGUGCAGUGCGGUGGUGGUGCGUGUGAGGAAUGUGCACUCCCACGUGCAAGCCUCUGUACCUGCCAGUACUAGUCUCAGCAGAGCCAAGCUCUCUGCUGGCCUGCACUCUGUGGAACUUGCCUGUGUGCGCCGUCUUGGCUUGGGGCAUUCUGAGGUGGGCCAUGGGGACGGCAGUGGUGAUGGCAGUGCUGCUGGUGCUGCCGACCUGUUCACGCCUGACCCGCUUAACCUCCCUCCUGCCUCCCUCAAUGCUGCUUCCUUACCUCCAAGCUCCAACCCUUUCUCCUUCCGCCUUGGCUGCUUCCUGCCUCCUCCUACAGAUGCUCCUCCACCUGCCCCUGCCCCUGCAUCUGCCCCAACCGCAUCCAACCCACCAUCUGUUCGUCUGCCGCCUCCUCCUCCUGCCUCGAUGCGCCUGCUGCAGCUGGCAGGGCUGCAGGUGCGACUGGCAGCGGCUGCUGCUCCCUCGGGCAGUGUAACAGCGAUGAGUGCAGAUGGGGUUGAUGCUGGUGCUGGGAGAGUGGAGGAGGAGGGGGACUUCGGGUCGGGCAGAGUGAGAGAAGAGGGAGGUUCAACAUUAGGGAGAUAUGCAGAGGAGAUACGUGAAAACAACAGCACGGUUUCUGGUGGUGGUGUUGGUGGUCGCAGCAGUGCACUUGGCAUGAUUUGCCUGAAGGAUCUAGCGGAACUGGAGAGAAGGGAGCAGGAAAACGUAGUGGUGGCGGAGAGUGAGGAGGACAGCGAGCCCCUCUUUUACCUCUCCCUCAGCACCACAGCAGGCCACGCCCUUGCAUGCCUGCCCAGUGGCCACCUGCACGCCUCCCUUGCUACCACUCUCGCUCUGCACUAUCUCAACCAGGACAAGGCUGCCUUAGAGCCUCUUUGUGAGCCGUGGCCCUUCCAGCUUUCGGCCUCUCUGCACUCCCUCUCCUCCCUCACCAACCCUCAAUCUGCCUCUGCCUCCACUCUCCCUCCACCCCUCCUCUCCACUUCCUCCUCCUCUCCCUCUGCCUCCUCCACCGCUCUCACCUCCUUGGCUCUCACCUCCUCCCAUCCUCUCAAUCUCAAUUUCACGCCAUCACUCCUCGAGGCACAGGCAGGCAGCCAUGGGAGGGGCAGCAGCAGAGGAAGGGCAACGAGCCUCACAGGCAGCACCGCAGCAGCAGGAAUGGCAGGCCGGCAAUUGUGGGUGCGAGUGGGAGUGGACGGCAGUGACUCAGUCUGCCGCCCGCUGCUGCUGGAGGGCGGCACGCGGCUGGCCUUCCCUGUCUCAUACGUAGCAGGGGGGAGCAGAUGUGAACGGGAAAGGGGAGCCGAGGCCAUGGCUUUGCAAGGGCUCAGAAUGGGGUGGGGAGAGGACGGGGCGACAGGGGUGGGGCUGCAAGGGGUGGCGGCCGUGGAAGGGGGGGCAGCGCGGGUGCACGGGACAGUGCUGCUAGAGGUGGUUCGAGAGGGGCGCAAGCACCGGCUUGUGCUUCGCUCCCUCGUUUCAAUCGUCAACGCCUCGCACACGCCCCUGCUACUCCAAGCUCAUCACUCCCACCGCCCCGAUCUGCCUGUGGAAGACGUGGGGGUGUGUGGUGCCAAGAGCACUCUGCACCUUCCGCUGCACCUCACCUCGUCCACCUCCCUCCGCUGGCGACCAGUGCAGGGGCCGUGGGCGUGGAGCGAGGAGACCAGGCUCGAUGAUGCUCUGCUGGCCCCCGCUGCUGCCACUGUCACUUGCACUGGCACCAGUGGGUUGGAUAUUACUGGCAGCAACAGCGGCAUGAGUGCUAUCACCAGCACUGGUAGCGGCGGCGGCACCGGUGGUGUGGCACCGUUGCUGACCCGCUCUGCUUCGUCCUCUUCCAUCUCCACUCCCGGAAUUGCUGCCUCUCUUGACCUGCUUCCGCCCUCCUUCUUCUGCCUCUCCCUCACCGCCUUCCAAUCGCCUCUGCCUCUCAGCUUGCCACCCGUGGCACCCUCGCAUUGCCCCAUCGCUCGGACGCCUGUCACCAGUCCACCUCACGAGGCCACCGCUGCUGCCCACCGCUCCCACUCGCCUCCCCUCACCGCCACCAGCCGCCCAAAUCCCAGCAGCCCCCCUCACACCCUCCGCCGUAUUUCGUCCUCUAGCGCCGAUGCCGUCGCCAUUGCAGCAGCUGCUGCAGCCCAAGCUGCUGCUCUCCUAGCCAAUCCGCACCUUCCUGCUCCUACUGCCACGUCAGCAGGCACUGCCAUCGUGGCAACAGCAAACCAUGGCGCCACAUCACCCCCAACCACUAGCCCCUCUUAUCCUCUAUCCAGGAGCGGCAGUGCUGCCAGCAUCGGCUGCCUUUCUCCUGUGUUCGCCUCCUCUGCUGUACCUAUGGAUAGCCGAAGGGCAGGAGGCAGGAGAAACAGCAGAGGAGGGGGUGACGUAUGGUGGGCGGUGGGUGGGGAGGGAGAAGUGGAGAGGAGGGAGAGGGGAGGAGGCGGAGGAGGAGGAAGAGGAGGAGAGGGGGGUGAGGCAAUGGAAGAGGGCAUGGCGUGGGAGCAGCAGCUGUGCCUCGCAGCGCCUCUUGUGUUGAAGAAUCUUCUGCUCGUCCCGGUUACUGUCACACUGAUUUGCACAGACCAACACGUUUUGCUACCAACCAUCAUCAACAUUCCUCCUGGCUCAUCAGUGGAGGUGUUUGACUUCGCCGCCCACCACACCCUUCACGCCACUCUGAUCGUCCCCGGUUUCCUGGAAUCCCCACCUCUGCUGCUUCCCACGCCUCCUGCUGACAGCAACAACAGCGGGCGGCAAAAGGGACAGAAGAGGGGAUGGAAGGGGAAAGAAGGAGAGGAGGGGGAGAAGGGGCAGAGGGAAGAGUGGCAGCAGCACAAGGAGGAAGAGCUGCUGCUCACUCGCGUCACAGGUCCCCCCGUGCCCCUGCACCUGAUCCACCUGCACCGCCCUGCCUCUGCCUCCCGCUGCCUGCACCUGCUAGCCCCCUUCACCAUCGUCAACGCCACCGACCUCCCCCUCUGCCUCUCCGACGCGCACCUCCUCGCCACGCCCUCCUCCCACCUCUUCCUCCCCCCGCACCCCGCCCUUCUCACAAGCGACAGCCUGGCAGCUGCCACGUCAGCAUCUCAUCUGACUGCAUUGGUGGCGAACGGCGUGCCGCUUGUGCCAGCUGGCAGCGCAGCAGGGGGCGGUCCAGUGGGAGGGUUGGCUGCUGUGCUUCCUGGGAUGAGUGGAGGAGUGAGCGUUGCUGCUGAUGGCUCGCUGUCACACGGCCCUGCAGCUGCAAACUUGGGAGCUGGGGAAAGGGGUUCAGGAUCGAGAGGCGAGCGCAGGGCAGGAGGGAGCGAGGAGAUAAGCCAGGGAGGAGGAACGCUGCAACCCCCUAUGGCUCUGUUCACUCCAGCCCCCCCUGCACCCGCUCUUGAUGCCGACUCUGCUGCUUCUGGGGCCACAGCAGGGCUUCACCCCACCCAGCCAGCACUUGUGCUGCGAGUGGGGGGUACUGCUGCUGCUUCUUCUACUACCACAGCUGCUGGUCUGGGUGGUGCUGGCGGUAUGCGCUCGCUCAAUGACCCCCCGCCUUCCACCGUGCCUGAUUGGAGCCACGCGUCGCUCUCUGGUUGGUCGGCAGCUAUCCCAGUGGAGCCAACAGGGGGAGUGGCAGAGGUGUUGAUUCCACAGCAAGCAGGGAACAGCAGCAGUGGUGGCGGUGGCGGUGGCAGUGGUGGCGGCAGCAGUGGUGGUGGUGGUGGUGGAGGUGCAUUCGCACUGAGUCUCACCUGCCAUGACACCCUUGGUGCCUCUGCUGGCCGUGCCAAGACCGUCACCCUUCGCCCUCGGUCUCUGCCCCAUGCCGUGCUACCGGAAUGCCGUUGCUCGUCACUGCGCUUGCCAUUGCUGCACUCUGUGUACGUGCUAGCCAACAGCCUGUCAGCGGACAUACGGGUGAAGCAGCACGGCACGGACCGGCACGUUCUCAUCAAGGCUGGGGGCAACGCACCCAUCCACUUCACCAAACUGCAGCGUCGCCUCUACCUGUCGCUGCGCCUGGCUGACAGCAGCUGUGAGUGGUCGGGUGCCUUCCGCCCCUCCCAGCUAGGCGACACUCAGCUCAAGCUGCGCUGCUCCCCCUCCCCCUCCUCCUCGCCGUCCUCGCCCCUCGCCCUUACUCGCAUCGUGAGGGUCGACGUGUCGCUCGCCGAACCCCACCUGCCACACCCUGCUGCCGCUGCCGCUGCCGCUGCCGCCACGCAUACAACCGCCACUGCUUCUACCACUGCUGCUGCCAGUGCUGCGACAAACGCCAGUGGAGGCGGCAGCAGCAGUGGUGGGAUCUCUGGGGGCACUGAGGCAGCGAGGGUUGGCAGCGAUGAUGGCAGCAGCAGGGGAGGCGAGGGCAGUGGCAAGUGGAGAGGGGGAGGCACGUACCUGGUGGUGGUUGGGGAGGACGACUCUGGCUUCAUGCCCUUUCGCAUUGACAACUGCUCCCGCGAGGUGCUGCGCUUCUACCAGCGCGGGUGCGAGGGGCUGGGCCACACUGACUCCCUCAAACCCUUUGCCACUACGCCCUACGCAUGGGACGAACCCUGCCGCCCACACCGCCUCGUGCUUGAGGUACCAGGGGAGGGCGGCAGCAUGGGUCACUUCCCUUUGGACCAAGUGAAGCACUUCCCGCUUGUCGUCCUCCCUGCUACCCCUCAGAGGGAGCAGCGGCGCCUGAGAGUAUCCGUGUCAGCACAAGGACCAAUCAGGGUGCUCUCUGUGUGUGACAUCGACCUCUUCCCUCCUCCCUCCUCCUUCCCCCCUCUCCGUCUCAACCACUCCACCAUGCCACGUCACGCUGAGCUGGCACCCAGUCAGCACCGCCAAUCGUGGAGUCUCUCCUCCAAAUCCCCCACCGUGCCCCAGUCUUCCUCCUCCUCUCUACUCGAAUUUCUCCUGAGUGUGCGCAUCCCCCUUAUAGCACUCUCCGUUAUAGACGCUCGCCCUCAGGAGCUACUACUGCUCUCCCUACAUCGCCUCUCCAUCUCCCUCUCCCGCUCCGCCCACCAACACUCCCUCUCCUUCCUCCUCUCCCACCUCCAACUCGACAACCAACUCCCCAACGCCCUCUUCCCCAUCCUCCUCGCCUCCUCCUCCCCUCCUCCUCUCUCCCUCACUCACUCCACGCCAUCACCCUUCUCUUCACCCUCACCCUCCCCUUUCUCCAUGCUCCACCCAUCCCACACCCCACCAAGCCUCGCGCUGCUACAAGCUGCACUACAAUCGCCCUCCCUGCUGCUCUCCUCGGUUUUCCACCACACGGCCCAACACCACCGUGAAGCUCCUUCCCACAAUUCCCUCCUGCAAGCGCCGGGCCAAGCCAGCCUGCAAGGGGGGGAAGCGGCGGUGGCAGCAGAGGUGGUGGCGUGGCGGCAGAGAGUGGGCUCUGUACUCUGUGUGGAGAGCGUGAGGGUCGGCCUCGCCCCCCUCUCCCUAGAGCUCGAGGAGCAUCUGCUGCUGCGCCUGCUGGACUUCUCCUGCACGUGCAUCGCUGCACUCUCCGCACUCGGCCACCCUUCGCCUUCCUCUCCGCCCCAUGCCCCCUCUCUUGCCUCCGGCACCAAGGCUGUGGAGAGAGGAAGAGCCGGAAAUGCUGGCGGGGGAAGGGGGCAGGGACGGGAGGGGGUGAGGGGAGUAGCUGGAGCACAGGCAGGGAGGGGAGGUGGAGAUAAGGAGGACAAAAAGGAGGGAGGGCAGCAGGGGCAGGAGCAUAUGCAGCGAGUGUACAUCUGGUGCAGUGGCGCAUCAGUGGCAGCGGUGGGGGUGGUGGGCGGGCACGGCAUGAACACAUCUCCCCACAUUCCAGGCACGGCCAACAUGUACAUAGAGACCAUGGCCGUCCGCCCCAUGCACAUCACCAUCAGCUUCGCCAGUGCACCAUGGGCCGCGGAGCAGAGCAGGGGGGCGGCAGCGCAGGGGGUGUUGGGGGCGCUGGGAGCAGUGGUGCAGCGGAGUGUGCUGUCUCUGGCGGACGUGCAGGGGGCGCCGCUGGGGCUGUCCGCGUGGCAGCUGGAGCAUUUUUUCGGGGGAACGGCGUCGCUGGGAGCGAGGCUUGAGAGGCACUACACGCUGCAGCUGCUGCAGGCGCUGUACAAGGUGGUGGGAUCGGCAGACUUCCUGGGCAACCCGGUGGGGCUGCUCUCGUCCCUCUCUGCCAGCCUCUGGGACCUGCUCGCCUCGCCCACCCACACACUGCUCAUGCGCCGGAGCCCGGCAGGGUUCGCCAAGGGGGUGUGGGCAGGGUGGACGAGUCUGCUGCGCACCACCCUCUUCGCUCUCUCACACUCCGCCUCCCGCAUGUCCCAUGCCGCUUCCAAGGGGAUGGCAUCAUUGGCAUGGGACGAGGAGAACAAGGAAGGCAUGGAGCGGGCGGGGCAGGCAUGGGCCCCUCACGCCUCAGACGAAGCCUCCUUCUUCGCCUCACUUAUACAGGGCGUGACAGGCCUCUUGGACCGUCCAAUCAGGGGUUGGGAGAGGGGCGGUCUCCCCGGCCUUGCAUCUG